AUCAUCAACAAGCUUUUACAUAUAUUGUACCCAUCACAACACAGACACAAACCUCUGUGUGAGAUAUAUGCUUUGUAAUUUAAGGUGAGGUAAAGAUGUCGGAUAUGAAAGACGCACUCCUGCUGGGAUCAGAAGGAAUUAAGAAAACCAUCCUGCAUGGAGGGAGUGGAGACAUUCCAAAGUUUGUCACAGGAGUGAAGGUGACCUUCCACUUCCGCACGCAGCUGUGUGACGAUGAGCGCACGGUGAUAGAUGACAGCAAAGUGGUUGGAACACCUAUGGAGAUAGUGAUUGGCAACAUGUUUAAACUGGACAUCUGGGAGACCCUGUUGUCCUCUAUGAGGAUCGGUGAAGUGGCGGAGUUCUGGUGUGACACCGUUCACACUGGUGUCUAUCCACUCGUGUCCAAAAGCAUGCGACGCAUCGCUGAGGGCAAAGACCCAGUCGACUGGCACAUCCAUACGUGCGGCAUGGCCAACAUGUUUGCCUACCACAGCCUUGGCUAUGAAGACCUGGAUGAGCUGAUGAAGGAACCGAAGCCGCUCUACUUUGUCCUGGAGCUGCUCAAGGUGCAGCAGCCCAGCGAGUACGACAGGGAGACGUGGGCUCUGAGUGAUGAGGAGAGGCUGAAGGCCGUUCCCGUGCUGCACGGCCAGGGAAACAAACUCUACAAACAGGGACGUUACCAAGAAGCCACACAGAAAUACAAGGAGGCCAUCAUCUGCAUUAAAAAUGUUCAGACCAAGGAGAAAGCAUGGGAUGUCCCAUGGAUGAAGCUGGAGAAGAUGGCCAACACUUUAACACUUAACUACUGCCAAUGUUUGCUCCGCAUGGAGGAGUACUACGAGGUCAUUGAGCACACAACCGACAUUACCAAUCAGCACCCAGGCAUAGUUAAGGCCUACUACCUGCGAGGGAAGGCCCAUGUGGAGGUGUGGAACGAGGCGGAGGCCCGGCAGGAUUUCAGCAGGGUGCUGGACCUGAACCCGGGCAUGAAAAAGGCUGUUAAGAAGGAACUGGCCAUACUUAACAUGCGUAUGGAAGAGAAGAACGAAGAAGACAAGCUCAAAUACAAAGGCAUGUUUUGACCUGAUGAGACUGAGAGCUGAUUGACUAAAGAAGAAUUCAGCUGUUAAAUAUCAAACCUCUGCACAGGAUACUCACCUGCAUGAGAGUAUCUGAUAAAAUGAUCCAUCUUAUAAACUGCAAGGUUGUAUCAAACUCCAAAUUAUAUCUGACAACGUGUGUAAAAAUUAAACGAAGGACUUUUCACUGUUAAAACCUGACUUAUUGUGGUUUAUAU